AUGACUCUUCUGGGGAAAACCGUUCACAUCACGGCUGAUCUGAUUCUGGUAGCAACUUGUCUGGCAGGCAUAAGAAGAAAUACGGGACUGACGCCAAAUUUAAGAUAUGUAAAGAAUGACUCAAUAAGAGAUUAUACGGCUCGAUAUUUGAAGUUCGGUGAAUCCUGCUAUGAUUAUUCUGUGGCAAAGAUUGGUGCGUCAAAAUAUUUCUCAAGGAAGUAG